UGUUGUGUCGUGUUUACCUCAAGAGUGUCGUAAGUCUGCAACAAUAACAAAAGUGUCAACUGUGACGUCAUCACCAGGAUUCCCUCCUAUAUAAAGGACAUCUCUAGGAUGGGUAGGUCAGUGUGGUCACAGUACUCUACCAGUCAACACCGUACAGCACCUCAAGUUUAGUAGUGGACUUAAAACAAGAAAAUGGAAAACCAGAAGUUUGUGGUCAAGUCCUGCUGUUGUGGUUGUACACUACGAACAGCUUCCAUCAUUAUUGCUGUCUUUAGUCUGGUAUACGGACUCGCUAGUGCCGGCUACAGUAUUUCUCUGGGAGUCACUGGUUUGAACGAGGCGUGGUUAGAUCUGGUCAUCAAUAUCUACAAUGUUAUUUUCACCAUCAUCCUUAUGCACGGUAUUCGUAAGGACCACCAUAGACUAAUCAUGGCCUGGGUGUGGGCUACAGGUCUCAGCAUUGCCCUCAACAUCACCCUGGGCAUUGUGUUCCUCUUGAUAACUCUCUCCAUCGUGGCUGCCUUUGUGUUGUUCCUCACGUCUGCUCUACAAGUUUACUUCUUAGUGGUGGUUAGAUCUUAUGGUCUUAGCCUGACACCACGUAAUACUGUUGUGAUUAAUGUAAGUGGAGUGUAGUGUGGUGUGGUGUGGUGUGGUGUGGUGUAGUUACUAAAAUGUGUUUCUGUAAUGGUGUUAAUGACAUUAGAAUAUUAUUAUUACAACUACAGUGGUCCCUCGGUUAAC